CCCUUAAAAGAAAACUUUUCAUAUUCUAAUAUAUGGUUUGUUUAUUUCCUCUUCUCACGCCUUGUGGGAUUUGGCUUGUUUAUUUAAUAAAGUUCAUCAUCAUUAUAAAAAAAAAUAUAUGGUAUUUAAAAGGAGACCUAUUUUGAAUGGACACCGGAAAUUCAUUCUGAAUGUCGUCGACUUAAUUACUCUGCCUUAAGAAGUUUUGUUCAGGCUAUAUUGAUAUGCGAAUUAGUUUUGGAAAUGAAUUUUGAGUCGGAGCUAUAGAGUGUUUUUGCUUGAGAAGAAACGCCUUGCCUACUCCAGAUUGCAGUUGUGAGGAAUAGAAUCCAUGGUAAUGUUAUUAUGGAAUCUCCGAGUAAAUCUGCUAGUAUUAUUGUGAAUAAUUGCUUAUCUUGUGCCUCUUGUUACUGAGUUCCUACUCUUAGCCCAUGUGAUACAAGCAUCUGAUUAGAGCAUGGCCAAACCAUGGAUGUGUUUACAUUUUGUAUCUUCAACCUAAAAAGUUGGUGCAUUUAGAUCAUGUUUCGCUUUACCAUUACAGGUGGAAUAUGAAGAUCACUCCUCGGGUCGUACACAUCAUGCUUUAGCUGAGGCUCCAAGUGAGGCGCUUCCCCUAAAUUGCAGGCCUAACUUUGCUGGUGCAUGGAUGGCCAAAGAUAAAUUUAAGGUUUAAAUCUGUAUCCUCUUAUUCACUAUGUACGGAGAUAGUUUGAAAUUUAAUGAGAUUAGCCUCUCACCAUUAGUCAUGAUGCAGAGAAGUUUAAGGGGAUUCUGAUGUUCCUUAACAUUUCCUGUAACUUUUGAAUUUGCAGGUCAACGAAACUUACAAUUGCUGGCACAGAGCUGGGAUCUCUAAAGUGAGCUUAUAUGUUGAUGACUUCCUCCACUGCAAUACCAGAGAUCCUUCUGUUCUUGAGAUGAUAAAUCGAUAUAUCAAGUUGUGAGUAUAUAGGUUCCUUAUUCUUUCUUUUUUUAAUUUUUAUGGUAAGAAGGUUCCUUAUUCUUUGUGUCCCCUUAUUCCUGUACAGGCUUGUUCCUUCCUCUUGUUUCGUUUUUCUGUGAGUUUUUCCUCCUAGUUUGCGUCCCUACUUUGUCAUCUAAAAGCCCUAUAGUUUUUUCUCUUUGGUGUCGAGAAACACCUAACAUAUGAUUAUUUAGCCAUCUGAAGAACAUAACUAAAAAUAAUAAUUGAAGUCAUCCCUUUGUCAAAGAAAUUGGUUUGCCAUGUUGAUUAUGGAAAGAGUUAUAGGUUAUAUAUAUCCGAGGCAGUAGUGUUGCUCGAGGGAACAUACCUAGUCAGCAUUAUAUAUAUGGUAAGCAGAAACAGGUUCUUGAAUGUUUAUAGCCUUUCACAGCCUUCGUUUAGUAUCAUACAAGUCUAUAGUACCAAACCCUCUGGCUGACAAACGUGGAUCAAGCAACCACCGAAUAGGAUAAGAAGUUGCUACUUUAACUGCCUUUACAAGUUCUGUGGCUUGUAGCUCUUUGACCAAGUGUACCAUUGCGGCUUGUCUGUUUGCAAGUUGCAAGGUACUUAACAGGGUAGGUCAUUCAUUCAUUCUUUUUGCAUGAAACAUGUUCUUAAUCUGUCAUUAUGUUUCAUUGAAGUAUGAAUAUCACUUAAACAGGUUUUGUAACUAAGUGGACUAGGGGUUUAAAUUUAUAGGGACAGCAUAGUAUGUAGAACGACUUGUGUUUGGAGAAAAUAGGCUCUACAAGCUGAUUUGUUGCAGCUAGUUAUGUAUUAUGGUUCCUGGGUGCUAUCUUAGGCUAAAUGGGAAGGCUGAUGUGUAAACAGAUUACAUUUAGGGGAAAUAUAUUCAUCGGGCCUGAGGUUGUAGAGUAUCAAGGCGUCGUCAAUUCAUGGAGAGUUUGAAGAACAUGUGGUAGGAAAUCCCCCAGCCUUGGGAAUCUUUGUGGACUCUACAAUCUGGUUGGGUCCAUAUGAGUAAAUUGUCUUUCCUGAUGGCUGUCAAUCUAUAUGCCUGCUAUUGCAGAUCUUCAUUUUACACAUGUCAGACGUAAUGUCUAACUAGAACUUAUACGUUUGAACUGUAAGAGGUUUUAUUUUUCUUCUGAAACAAAAUUGAUGUGGAUUUCCAAUUAAUGGUACCAAAUGGUGGUUUCCCAUGCUUCUGUGUUGUCAGGUUGAUCGAUGCUCCGAGCUCCUUGUUCAUCCUGAAGAUGGGAAAUGCCACCAAAUUCUGGAAGUGGGAAGCUGUAGCUGGAGCUGUUGCCGGUUUCUUGACUUCCUUGAUCACCAUCUUCUUCUUCUCAGUGGUGUGGAAGUUGAUGUCGUGGGUACCCCAGACAUGGACAUACAUAGUAAGGGUUCUUACUCGGGCUAUCAACUUGGUAGUCUUGAAGCGUGCUUGUUUUUUUGUGGCAUACUUCUCCUUCAUGGGCUGGUUAACCAUCCAGUACGGGAAACGGCUUGGCAUGCCUGAGAUUCGAGUUGGUUAUAUUUAAUCUACUAGUUGACAGAACUCCUGUGAGCCAGGUUAGUGAAAUGUAUCAUCAAAUUCAUGGUAGUUAGAAGAGAAACGCUGGAACGAAAUAUGGCUCCUGUUUUGUAAUUGGGAAGCACUUGUAUUGCACAGGGAAACUGUACAAUUGAAACAAACAAAUAGUGUAAGUGAUGUGAAUAGCAUUCUGUAACCCAUUACUUUUUUUUGUUGUUGAUAAAUUGAGAUUAUGGCUGAUUGAAUUGGUUGCAGCUUUCAUAUACACUCAAGUUCUUGCUAGUUUUGAGAUUUCAUUUAUUGUCUCAAAUAUACUCGAAUACAUUAAAGGUGUCACC